GACGAUGGCUGGUAGUAGACAAAGAAACUAGAUUCAAUUGGGGGUUGAUGAUGUCAUCUUACACAGUCUAAUCGUGGGCUCAUGAUGAAGCAGAUAAAUUUGCUUCUCCUCCAGCGAAAAGGGUAGCUUUUCGCGAUGUGUUAGCUGCCUGCUGCUGCUGCUGCUGCUGCUGCUUGGGUUAGGUGGAGGAUGAAACCCAUUCGAGCUGAGCUGAGUGGCUUUCCCUUCUUAAAGAGCUCAACAAUCUUCACUCUCCCUUUUAUAUCAAGGUGGCUGAAUUUGCGCUGCUCGAGGAUUCCUUUGAAGCCAAUCAUCCAUUACUAUGGGAAGCUUAACCAAUAUUCAAGACGCUGAGAACACUCUUUUUUGCUAUGAGAAGCUUUCUCAUUGAUCAACUCACCCUAACUGCGAUGGCAGCAAGGCAGGCUUUCACCGCUUGGCUGAAGAAACUUUCAACAAUAUCAAAUUGCUUGGGCAACCUCUUGACUAUCGAUCCUAUGGUUCCAUGAUUAUGCCCUACAUUAGAGCUGCCACUCCCGACAAAGGAGAGGCUUCUUUACUCGGAGAAACGAACUAUCUGUGCGGGGAGAGAGAGGUUUACAAUGCCUUGUUACGGAGAGCCAAGCGAUGCAAUUCAAGUUUCGGGGAUUACUCACUCCUUAUGUGGACUGCUCAUAAUUAAACGCAUACAGUGUCUCCUCGAGUCACAGCCAGAAUUUACGUUUGGCUUUUGAGAAUCAGAGGACAGCUAAUGACAAAGUGUGUGGCUCUUGUGCUGUCUGCAUAUAUAUGAAAAGGAAGAUUUGAUUGGUGCUGUGUUGUCGAACAAGUUGAGUUACUUACUUGUCAGGGAAUUUUCAUCCCACCAAGACCUUCUCUGACAGGCUUAUUAGAAGAUCUCGCUACACAUCCCCAUAAUAAUAAGCAACAAGAAGAAGAGAUGAGUACUACUGCUACCUACCCAUUCAUGCUGCUACCUUGACCCACACGAAACACCAAUCAGAAUAGUAAUAUUUUAUUACCCCCAAAAAAAAAAAAGUGAAUGAUUUAUUUUAUUUUGUUUUUUGGUGUCUUAAUGGGGGGCAGUCAAUGCUUGUUAAUUUAAGAGGUAAAGAGAAGAAGAGAGGCUCAAGGGGGUAAUGAUUCUAUUAAUAGGAAUCUCUAUUUGUAAGCUGAGCCAUACAUACAUGCAAUUCCUCUACUCUAUCUAUGAUGAUGCUGAUGAAAUCACUCGUCUCUCUUCUUCAUCCACAUCUCAUCUUUCUUUACCGUCUUCCACCAAUAUGUCCUUCUCCGAUUCAGAAUCCUCCUCUCAUCCCCGCGACGGCGCAGAUUAUAAGUUCUUUCGCCAGAUCAGCCGCGAUCGGUUGCUACACGAGAUGCUUGGAUCUACCAAAACAGGGGAUUCAAAAGCUUGGAAGAUACUUAUCAUGGACAGAGUUACGGUUAAAGUUAUGUCAAAGUCCUGCAAAAUGGCUGAUAUCACCGACCAAGGCAUUUCCUUGGUAGAAGAACUUUUCAAGAGAAGGGAACCAAUGCCUGGCAUGGACGCUAUCUACUUUAUCCAACCUUCCAAAGAAAACAUUGUUAUGUUUCUAUCUGACAUGUCUGGGAGGGAACCCUUGUACAGAAAGGCAUAUAUUUUUUUCAGUUCAACGAUCCCCAAAGAACUGGUGAAUCACAUCAAAAGUGACUCAAGCGUCUUACCACGCAUUGGUGCCUUAAGAGAGAUGAACAUGGAAUACUUCCCCAUAGACAAUCAGGGAUUUCUAACUGAUCACGAUCAAGCAUUGCAAACGCUCUAUGCUGAAAAUGCUGAGAAUUCUCGCCAUUUUAAUAUUUGUUUGAAUAUGAUGGCUACUAGAAUCGCUACCGUGUUUGCUUCCCUCAAGGAAUUACCCUUUGUUCGGUAUCGAGCUGCCAAGUCCACGGCCCCACGUGACUUGGUUCCGUCAAAGCUUGCUGCUGCUAUUUGGGACUGUAUCUCUAAAUUCAAAGCCAUUCCCAACUUCCCCCAGACCGAAACAUGUGAGCUGCUCAUUGUGGAUAGAUCAGUGGAUCAGAUUGCUCCUAUCAUACAUGAAUGGACCUAUGAUGCUAUGUGCCAUGAUUUGCUUGAUAUGGAGGGGAAUAAACAUGUUAUUGAGGUUCCCAGUAAAACUGGUGGGCCUCCGGAGAAAAAGGAGAUAGUGCUUGAAGAUCAUGAUCCAGUGUGGCUUGAGCUUCGACACACACAUAUUGCAGAUGCUAGCGAGCGUUUGCAUGAGAAAAUGACCAACUUUGCCUCAAAGAACAAAGCCGCACAAAUGAGAUCAAAAGAGGGUAGCGAGUUGUCUACACGUGAUCUGCAGAAAAUAGUACAGGCAUUGCCACAAUAUGGAGAGCAAGUUGACAAACUAUCCACUCAUGUAGAGAUAGCUGGAAAAAUUAACAGAAUAAUAAGAGACACCGGACUUAGGGAUCUAGGGCAGCUGGAACAAGAUCUUGUUUUCGGAGACGCAGCUGCCAAGGACGUUAUCAAUUUCCUCAGGACAAAUCAGGACACAAACCCGGAGAACAAAUUGCGACUAUUGAUGAUUUAUGCAACGGUGUACCCGGAGAAGUUCGAAGGUGACAAGGGCGUGAAGCUAAUGCAGCUUGCGAAGUUAUCACCAGUGGAUAUGAAGGUUAUAAGCAACAUGCAAUUGAUAGCUGGCUCUCCAGAAAACAAGACUAAAUCCGGUAGUUUCUCCCUCAAAUUUGACACCGGAAAGACAAAACAAGCAAACAGGAAAGAUAGGUCUGGUGAAGAAGAAACGUGGCAACUGUUCCGGUUUUAUCCCAUGCUCGAGGAGCUACUUGAGAAACUUGUGAAAGGGGAUCUGUCCAAAAGCGACUAUUUAUGCAUGAACCAAUCGAGUCAUAAGGAGGAGGAGAGUGAAUCCCGAACAGGAUCAGUGAGGAAGAGCUCUGCUCCUACGGCGGUUCCAGAGCGGAAAGCCACCCCUCAUUCUAUGAGAUCAAGACGGACUGCAACUUGGGCACGUCCUCAUUCUUCUGACGAUGGCUAUUCCAGUGACUCAGUGCUGAAAAGUGCUUCACUGGACUUGAAGAAGCUAGGGCAACGCAUCUUUGUGUUCAUUAUUGGUGGGGCAACUCGAUCCGAGCUCCGAGUUUGCCACAAGUUGACAAGCAGUUUGAGGAGAGAAGUGGUACUAGGCUCCACUAGUUUCGACGAUCCCCCACAAUACAUCACGAAGCUGAAACUGCUGUCGGAGAAAGACAUAGCAGGGGCUCCUGCUCAGCCCUUCAAACCACAAUACUGGUGAACUUAACAUAGCAGCUCAAGUCAACCUUUUAAGACAAACAUAAAAGAAGAAGUUAGUUUUGUUGGUUAGUCAACCGGCACACAUUGAACUGUCAUUGUUCUUGCUUCUCCAACUCUUUACCUUUUGCUUCUUUUCUUUAUUUUUACUUUUUCCUUUCAUUUGAUGGACCUUAUUCUACGUGUCACAAUUAGCUCUAGUCUCUUUGUCGACUUAAUAAAUUUUCUUAAAAAAGUCUUAAACCUUUUCUCGUAA